AUGAUUAACUACACCAGCAAGCCGGGCGUUGAUCAUCUUUUGGCUCAGCGUCAGACAUCAAAGGAAUGGCUCGAGGCGCUUACUAAAUUGGACUUUGCAGACCCUGCCUCUGUUAUCAAUCUUCAAUUCGACUUGGCGGUGUAUAACGUCGGGGAACCCAUUCUGUGCACCGGCAAAGACACCUUUACUGUUUCGCCACAUCCUGCGGCUAUCAGUGUAGAUAGCGCACCAGUUGUAGAUCGCGACAGUCCUCAUGAAGGCCUUAUGGCUCUUGAAUUUCUCCGAAGGGCCAAAGCUCGACCUGCUCCCGCAGAUGAAAAAGCUCCCGAAACACCACUCCCCUCUGUUGCGUUUCUCAUCAGACGCUUGCGCAAAGGAAAGACUAUACAAAGAGGUAUUGAAGACUUGGAGGAGACUGACUAUAUCCUGGUCGUUGAUGCUAUUACGCCUGGGCAUCCUGUCUGGCUGAUCUGGGAUCGACAGGCUUCCGAUAAAGACGAGAUAUACUACGUCCACCCAGACAAGACAUACCCGGUUUUCACGGGAGUUGAGAAGAACUUUGACGCAGCUCAGAUCCUCCCUAGUAUUAAUGACUGGUUUGAGUCCUAUGGAAACCUGGACUCUAAUCAGCUUGAGGAGUCUAUCAAGGCGACUGGUCUUGUCGGUUUCGUAAAGGCCAAGGAGGUAACCUUGGCGAACGUCAAUGAGCUUUUGGGCAAGGCUCAAUCGCAAGGGGCAACUGAUACAAUGGAAAACAACGAGAUUUCCGAGGCUCGCUUUGCCGAGAUCAAGGCGGCUGUUGCUGACCCUUUCAAAGCUCUCCCAUCUUUGUUCAUACAGAAACUCGAGGAAGCAACUGCUCGCGACAACAGCCUGGAUCAGUACCUAACCAAGUCUUUGAAAGUGAACAAAUCUUCGCGUCGGCCAGCUCUGGAUUGGCUUCAGGAGCUUGCCAUCGCGGACUUUGCGGACCUCAACGCUGUCUACUAUUUUGACUACAGCUUAUUUCUUAACAAUAUUGGUCCUCUUGAUCUGGCUACCAAUGGCGAGACCACUUAUUCCAUCGUACCAAAUGCCUGUGCUAUGGGCCAUGACGAACCAAUAACCGACGACUUUCAUGGGACAUUCCAAUCCCUCAAGACUUCUGCCCUGCCUGGAACAGGGAAUUCCAUUCCUACCCUGAUCUAUAUUGUUGGGGUUUUGAUAAAAGCAAAGAAGGGUACGACUCACGACUAUGACUCCGAAACUGACUACGACUAUGACUCCAGAACGGACUACGUCCUUGUCGUUGAUGCCGUUGCGCCUGGACAUCCUGUCUGGCUGGUGUAUAACCACAAUUCAUGGAGUGAACAGCUUGAGGAACGACGCACCGUCGAUCCGGCUGAUCAACCCUUGAUCUUCGAAGGGAUUGGGCACAAUUUUGACGCCGCCCAAAUCUUCCCGGGCAUUCACGACUGGACCCAGCCCUAUGGAAAUAUCUACUUCGCGAAGUGUGAGGAGUCUAUCAAGGCGACUUGUAUCACCGGUGCUAUGCAUGCCAAGGCAAUUCUGUUAUCGGAGGUUGAGGUGCUUUUUCGCCAGUAA